AUGGGGUUAGUCGCUGCUCUUGUGGUGUGUGUGUCAGUCGCUGCUCUUGUGGUGUGUGUGUCAGUCGCUGCUCUUGUGGUGUGUGCGUCAGUCACUGCUCUUGUGGUGUGUGCGUCAGUCGCUGCUCUUGUUGUGUGUGCGUCAGUCACUGCUCUUGUGGUGUGUGCGUCAGUCGCUGCUCUUGUGGUGUGUGCGUCAGUCGCUGCUCUUGUUGUGUGUGCGUCAGUCACUGCUCUUGUGGUGUGUGCGUCAGUCGCUGCUCUUGUUGUGUGUGCGUCAGUCGCUGCUCUUGUGGUGUGUGCGUCAGUCGCUGCUCUUAUUGUGUGUGCGUCAGUCACUGCUCUUGUGGUGUGUGCGUCAGUCGCUGCUCUUGUUGUGUGUGCGUCAGUCGCUGCUCUUGUGGUGUGUGCGUCAGUCGCUGCUCUUGUUGUGUGUGCGUCAGUCACUGCUCUUGUGGUGUGUGCGUCAGUCGCUGCUCUUGUUGUGUGUGUGUCAGUCACUGCUCUUGUGGUGUGUGCGUCAGUCGCUGCUCUUGUGGUGUGUGCGUCAGUCGCUGCUCUUAUUGUGUGUGCGUCAGUCACUGCUCUUGUGGUGUGUGCGUCAGUCGCUGCUCUUGUUGUGUGUGCGUCAGUCGCUGCUCUUGUUGUGUGUGCGUCAGUCGCUGCUCUUGUUGUGUGUGCGUCAGUCGCUGCUCUUGUUGUGUGUGCGUCAGUCACUGCUCUUGUAGUGUGUGUGUCAGUCGCUGCUCUUGUGGUGUGUGCGUCAGUCGCUGCUCUUGUUGUGUGUGCGUCAGUCGCUGCUCUUGUGGUGUGUGCGUCAGUCGCUGCUCUUGUGGUGUGUGUGUCAGUCGCUGCUCUUGUGGUGUGUGCGUCAGUCACUGCUCUUGUGGUGUGUGCGUCAGUCACUGCUCUUGUGGUGUGUGCGUCAGUCGCUGCUCUUGUGGUGUGUGCGUCAGUCGCUGCUCUUGUGGUGUGUGUGUCAGUCGCUGCUCUUGUGUGUGUGUCAGUCACUGCUCUUGUGGUGUGUGUGUCAGUCGCUGCUCUUGUGGUGUGUGCGUCAGUCACUGCUCUUGUGGUGUGUGCGUCAGUCGCUGCUCUUGUGGUGUGUGCGUCAGUCACUGCUCUUGUGGUGUGUGCGUCAGUCGCUGCUCUUGUGGUGUGUGCGUCAGUCACUGCUCUUGUGGUGUGUGCGUCAGUCGCUGCUCUUGUUGUGUGUGCGUCAGUCACUGCUCUUGUGGUGUGUGCGUCAGUCGCUGCUCUUGUUGUGUGUGCGUCAGUCACUGCUCUUGUGGUGUGUGCGUCAGUCGCUGCUCUUGUGGUGUGUGCGUCAGUGGCUGCUCUUGUUGUGUGUGCGUCAGUUGGAAGCCCACCACAUCAUCAAAAUGAUACCGUAUCAUGA